AUGUCUUCUGCCGGACUUCCUCCCGUGGAGGCGUGGCCCGAGUAUAGUGAGAACCCGUUGGGAGCCAAUCCCCUGGAGCAAAACAUCAACUCUCCGUAUAACAAGGGCGACCUCUGCUGGCUCCUCGUCGCAACAUGUCUCUGCUGGCAGAUCACCCCGGCCAUCGGCUUCCUCUACGCCGGCAUGCAUCGUCGCAAGUCGGCGCUGACAAUGGUCUUCCAAUCGCUCUUCUGUGCGUGCGCCGUCGCCAUCCAGUUCUGGCUGUACGGGUACUCUCUGUACCAGGCGCACACCACCAACCCCAUCCUCGGUGACCUCUCCAAGGGCGUCCUGUACAAUGUCCUUGCAUAUCCCAGUCUGGCCAACUCUGAUAUCCCGGAUAUCCUCUACGCCACCUUUGGCUGCACUUUCGUGACCGCAACGGCCAUGAUCCUGGCAGGUGCCAUGCUGGAGCGCGGCCGCCUGUUCCCCAGCAUGUUGUUCAUCCUGUGCUGGACCACGUUCGUCUACUACUUCCUCGCCUACUGGGAGUGGAACCCCUCCGGAUGGCUCUACAAGCUCGGCGUCCUCGACUUCGCCGGCUCCGGCCCCGUCCACAUCGCCAGCGGCUUCGGCGCCCUCGCCUGGGCCCUCAUGCUCGGCAAGCGCGUCGACCCCUACAGCGAGAGCCACAACCCCAAGAUGCCGCACUUCAAGGGCCACAACCCCUUCCUCGUCGGCCUGGGAACCAUCCUCAUCUGGUUCGCCUGGUUCGCCUUCAACGGCGCAAGCACCGCCAACCUCAGCAUCCGCAGCAUCUACGUCGUCAUGAACACCAACCUGGCGGCCUCGGGCGGCGGCGUCGCCUGGACCUUGCUCGAGUACGCCCACACCCGCAAGUUCAGCAUCGUCGGCUUCUGCUCCGGAAUCAUCAGCGGCCUCGUCGGCAUCACCCCCGCCGCGGGAUUCGUCCCCGUCUACCUGGCCUGCCUCGUCGGCGCCCUCACCUCCCUGGGCUGCUUCUACACCAACCGGUACAAGUACCUCCUGCGCAUCGACGAGGGGCUCGACAUCUGGGCCAUCCACGGCAUGGGCGGCGUCUUCGGCGACAUCCUGACGGGCUUCUUCGCCGCCGACUUCGUCCCCGCCCUCGACGGCGUCACCGUCGAGAACGCGGGGGGGUGGUACAGCCGCAACUUCAAGCAGAUGGGGUACCAGCUCGCCGCGGCGCUGACCUGCGCGGCGUGGAGCUUCGCCAUCAGCUGCCUGCUGCUGUUCGUCAUCAACAAGAUCCCCGGCUGCCACAUCCGCGAGUCCGAGGAGGACGAGCUGCAGGGGCUGGACCGCAAGUACUUCUCUGACUUUGACAUGGAGAUGUACGACGGCAUGGGGGUGAGCUCGAGCCAGGGGAGUGCCAUCAACGGCGUGUCGGGAUCGUCGCCUGCAGCGCCGGUUGCCGCUCCGGGGGAUCAACCGGGCGAGAAGCGCGACUAG